UAUCAAAAUAUUAUAUUAUGUUUUUUACUAUUUCUAUUUUCAUAUAAAAUGUGUAGACUGCAAUUGAGGAAUAGUAGAAUAUUCCAUUAUUUGGGUUACAAUUGCAUUACUAAUCUUGUUUAACAACAAUUAAAACUAAAAUUCCCCGCAAAUUACAAAUUCACAAAAUUGGUUUGACAAAUCAAUUUUCUCCAUCAACCAUGAAGAUUACUGCAAUUACGUCCACAUUCACUCCUCCUAACUCCUUAACGACAACAAUGGCGAUAAUAAUCUCACCAACCAUUGCUUUCCACUUACACUUUCAUCCUACACGCUUCAACCAUGGAAGACACCUUGGUCGUGGAUUCUACCUUCAUCCAACCCAUCCACCACCGCCCCAAGCUCCCACCAUUCCAACUCACUGAUCAAGUCCCAACCAUAGAUCUCUCUAUCUCCCUCUCUCGCACCACCCAACACCUUGUCUCCGAAAUAGCCUCUGCCUGCCAGAACUGGGGUUUCUUCCAGGUAAUCAAUCAUGGAGUUUCCCUCGAGAAGCUCGCGCGAAUCCAGAAAGCUGCCAAGUUAUUUUUCGACCAGACGGUGGAGGAGAAAAGGAAGGUGAAGAGAGAUUCAGGUAAUGCUGUGGGAUUUUAUGACGGUGAGAACACGAAAAACGUUAGGGAUUGGAAGGAGGUCUUUGAUUUCUUGGUUAAGGAUGGGACGUUCUUUCCAGCUUCGCAUGAUCCAAAUGAUACGAAAUUGAGGGUAUUGUUUAAUCAGUGGCCGGAAUAUCCCCCUGGAUUUAGGGAAACGUGCGAGGAGUAUGCCAGAGAGUUGGAAUUGCUAGCACAUAAGCUACUGAGGUUGAUUCUUUUGAGUCUAGGCUUAUCUGAUGCUGAUGCAUUGAAGGGCUAUUUCAAUGACGAGCAAACGAGCUUGGUGAGGUUGAAUCGGUACCCUCCAUGUCCGUCUCCUGAUCUUGUGCUCGGCGUAGGCCGUCACAAAGAUUCUGGUGCCUUGACAAUCCUUGCUCAAGAUGCUGUUGGAGGGCUGCAAGUGAGGAGAAAAUCAGAUGGAGAGUGGAUUCCUGUCAAACCAAUCCCAAAUGCUUAUAUUAUUAACAUUGGCGACGUUGUUCAAGUUUGGAGCAAUGACAAAUAUGAAAGUGUGGAGCACAGGGUGGUGGUGAAUACUGAGAAAGAAAGGUUUUCAUUUGCAUUCUUCUUCUUUCCAGCUCACCAUAUGAUGGUGAAGCCAUUGGAGGAGCUUGUGGAUGAGCAAAACCCACCAAAAUACAGAGAAUACAACUUCGGGAAGUAUUUUGCUUCCAGAAGCCGAGGUAACCAGAAACAAGAAGUGGAAAACAUCCAAAUUGACCAUUUUAGGCUGCCCGUAUGACCUACAAAAUUUAUUUUUCUUUCAUCAAUGAUGCGAUCACAUUAAUGGUUGAAUUGCUAUUAAUUAAUGCAUUCAGGGACCAUUUUGUCUUUUAUAAUUUAGUGGUCGUAAGUUUGUAACGUGUAAUCUAAUUUUCAUCGUCCAGCAAUAAUAUAUCACAAUGAAUUCACUCA